CCUGGCAACCCGGUGACGGCGGCCUCGGGGACCCCCGCGCCCCCAGCCCGGAGUCAGGCGGACAAGCCGGUGCUGGCAAUCCAAGUCCUGGGCACUGUCAAAUGGUUCAACGUCCGGAAUGGUUAUGGAUUCAUCAACAGGAAUGACACCAAGGAGGAUGUCUUUGUUCACCAGACAGCUAUUAAAAGAAACAACCCCAGGAAGUUUCUGCGCAGCGUUGGAGAUGGGGAGACUGUGGAGUUUGAUGUCGUGGAAGGAGAGAAGGGUGCAGAAGCUGCUAAUGUAACUGGGCCCGGAGGGGUGCCAGUGAAGGGCAGCCGCUAUGCCCCCAAUCGACGUAGGUUCCGCCGAUUCAUCCCCCGGCCUCGCCCAGCUGCCCCACCACCUAUGGUGGCAGAGGCCCCAUCAGGUGGGACAGAACCAGGCAGUGAAGGGGAACGAGCUGAAGACCCUGGGCAGAGGCCCAGACGACGGCGCCCACCACCCUUCUUCUACCGCCGUCGCUUUGUGCGAGGCCCAAGGCCCCCCAACCAGCAGCAACCUAUAGAGGGCACUGAUGGGGUAGAAUCUAAAGAGACAGCCCCAUUGGAGGGGGACCAACAGCAGGGAGAUGAGCGGGUCCCCCCACCCAGAUUCCGGCCUAGGUACCGAAGGCCUUUCCGCCCCAGGCCACCCCAGCAGCCUACCACAGAAGGUGGGGAUGGCGAGACCAAGCCCAGCCAAGGUCCCACUGAUGGUUCCCGGCCUGAGCCCCAGCGCCCAAGAAACCGCCCCUACUUCCAGCGCCGAAGGCAGCAGCCCCCUGGACCCAGGCAGCCCACAGCCCAGGAGGUGAAGACCUUGGACUGUCUACUGUGGAGCCACCUCCCCCUCUCCUUCCUUUCCCCUCUCUUUUCUACCCUUCCCUUCUCUAUCCUGUUCCCUCCUCUCUUGCCCCCUGCUCCUUCCCUACCCACUUUCAAGCAGCCUGACACCAAAGAACUAGGUGCAGAAGCUGCUAAUGUAACUGGGCCCGGAGGGGUGCCAGUGAAGGGCAGCCGCUAUGCCCCCAAUCGACGUAGGGUCCGCCGAUUCAUCCCCCGGCCUCGCCCAGCUGCCCCACCACCUAUGGUGGCAGAGGCCCCAUCAGGUGGGACAGAACCAGGCAGUGAAGGGGAACGAGCUGAAGACCCUGGGCAGAGGCCCAGACGAAGGCGCCCACCACCCUUCUUCUACCGCCGUCGCUUUGUGCGAGGCCCAAGGCCCCCCAACCAGCAGCAACCUAUAGAGGGCACUGAUGGGGUAGAAUCUAAAGAGACAGCCCCAUUGGAGGGGGACCAACAGCAGGGAGAUGAGCGGGUCCCCCCACCCAGAUUCCGGCCUAGGUACCGAAGGCCUUUCCGCCCCAGGCCACCCCAGCAGCCUACCACAGAAGGUGGGGAUGGCGAGACCAAGCCCAGCCAAGGUCCCACUGAUGGUUCCCGGCCUGAGCCCCAGCGCCCAAGAAACCGCCCCUACUUCCAGCGCCGAAGGCAGCAGCCCCCUGGACCCAGGCAGCCCACAGCCCAGGAGACCUCAGCCCCCAUCAACAGUGGGGACCCCCCCACCACUAUACUGGAGUGAUUCCAACUCAAAGGACACCCAGAGCUACCAUCUGGUAUCUGCCAGUUUUUCCAACUGACCUGUACCCUACCCAGUACCCCCCCUUCCCAUAAUUCAUGACAUCAAAACACCGGCUUUUCCCCUUUAUCCUUGAGACUCAGGAGGGCCAAAGCAACAGCUUUUACUUUUUUUUCUCUGUCCCCUACCAAGGGUUGAAGGAAGGGAUCCAUCCUUUUUGUUCAGAGGCACCAACUCCCUCCCCUAAAUCAGGCUGAGAAGGAACCAGCCAGCUCUUACCUCCUCCUGGUUGUUUUUCUUUCCCACCCCAGUUUAUUUUUUGUUUUCCCUCUACACCUGAUCUCUGAAGCCAUUUUAUGAACUGUCAUGUGCCACCUGAGCCUCCAGUAAAAAC